GAAGAAUUUCACAUCUUGAAACUGGUGUUUUUUCAUAAAAAUUCAAUAUGAGCAGUAAACUAAUUACCGAGAUUUUUACGCCUUUCCAGGACCAUAUUAAUGAGGAACAGGAAAUUCGUGAAGAAAUCCGGCAAAUAAUGAAAAGCAUUGAAAAACCGCUGAGGGAAAUUAUUACUGUUCUGCAAGUGAUACAUCAAGAUCACAAGCUAGAAGAAUUGCACCAAGCUUGCAUUAAGGGUCGUGAAAUCUUUGAAGAAGUGAGAAUCGGUUUUGAGAAGUUGGACAAGAUUGUCCCAGCAGGUCAAUAUUACCGCUAUCACGAUCAUUGGAAAUAUGUGAUGCAAAGGUUGUGUUUUUUGGCUGCGUUGAUCAUAUAUUUGGAAAAAGGGAUUCUUAUUGAUAAGCUGACUGCAGCUCAAAUUUUAGGAAUUCAUGAAAAAAGCAAUUUAAAAUUUGAUUUGGAAGAUUACUUAAUGGGGCUUCUAAAUUUAUCAACUGAGUUGUCGAGGUUUGCAGUGAAUUCAGUCACCUACAAAGAUUACGAUAGGCCACUGCAGAUUUCAAAGUUUGUUGCCGAAUUAAAUGCCGGCUUUCGUCUGUUGAACUUAAAAAAUGAUUCUUUGAGAAAACGUUUUGAUGCUAUGAAAUAUGACGUGAAGAAAAUUGAGGAGGUGGUCUACGAUUUAUCAAUAAGGGGCCUGGCAGCUAAAAACUCUGAAGAACCAGUGGAAAAAUAAUUUUUUUAUUUUGCAUUACUUACAUUUAAGUAUUUUUAUAUUUCAAAGAAUUAUAAUUUUUAAUUUCUAUUUAAUAAAAGUUCA